UUGUGCGAGAAAGUUGUCAGUGUCGCGGGACGCGGAUCGCGAAUUGGAUUUAGAUUUGGAUUCGCUAUCGAAUUGACAUUUAUGAGCUUCCAUUGGCGAAAAGGCGAACGAUUCAACGCGAGUGCCAUGCCAAGUCCCAGCAAACAGAGCGGAGCCACUCACCCGACAAACACUUCCACAACCUGAGAGCACUGUCACAUUGUACCUGGAGCAGGAACAUAGGCCCAGCAGCAGCACACACCAAUCGGAGAUCCAAGGAGAUCCGCAGAAUGCUGUUUGCCGCCUCGCUCAUCUGCCAGGUGGAGCGGCUGAUGUGCCUGCCCAUUAGCUUUGCGGUGCUGGGAUUCCUCUUCAUGGCCUGCACCAUGGAGGUGGUGCUGCUCAAGAUGACCACCAGUGAUCCGGUCUUUGGGCGAUCUGGCCCAACCGAUGACUGGGAGGAGGGUGGUGGCCCGGAGGGCGACGAAGAGCAGAUCUACUAUGAGAACCUGGAGAAUAACUAUGAGCACUGGGCACGUCGGAGGAUGCGAUUCCACCAGCGCCAGCAGCAACGCAUCCAGCAUCAGCAGCAGCAGCAGCAACAGCUGGUGUCUUAGUAUCUAUAGAGUCUAGGCUUAAUUUAGGCUUAAGACUAGUAGUAAGGGCCUCCGAGUAGGUACACACACUGACUGAGCCUUUCUCUACACCCACUACACCUAUUAGUUUCCAUGGCGUUUAAUGGCGCAUACCAAUUAUUGAAGUGUUUCAAGUGUGUAAUGUUUUCGCUCUCUGUUUAUGGUUGACAUUUUUUUGUGUCUCAUUAAAUUUAUUUGUGUUUUGUUUGUAAGCGAAAUUGCGAAAUUUGCCAUUUGAAUAAGUUAGGCAGCUGCGAUUGCUCAGUUCAAGCACGUACAAGACACCCAGGAAUUCCCUUCUUGGCUCGUCUUGUGUAAGAACUGUAAGUGACUGACAUAAUCCGAGUGCAUAUCUCUAUCCCUCUAGCCCGUAAGCCGCGUGAUACAGCUUCGUACUAUAUACAUUGAUACUUGUGUGUUAAGUUGCCCGAUACUGAUACUGGAUACUGAUAUCGAAUACUGGAUACCACUGCCUCAGUGAGUUGAAUA